CACCAACAGACUGGACUGCAAAGUUAAAGAGGUCGGGAAAGACGGGAGUGCUGUGAUAAUGGUUAAACCUGCUCCAGGUGUGAUUGAUCUUCAGAAACUGCACAAUCAACGUCUCAGCCUGAGAGAUGUUCCCCUGGUGACCAUUGUGUCUGUUAAUCUGGCACCAUUAAAACCUGAUGGCCAAACUUCAGGCAAUGCUUCAGUGAGCCCCCGUCCUUCAUCGGUGCUUCAAUCUGGUAAUGCUGUGCAGAUGGUGGAUCAUAGUGAUCCAGGUUCUACAGCAGAUCACACUUCUGAUGAGGACAAAAAGAACCCUCUAGACAAUUGUCUCCUCCCAGUGUUUCAUUUCAUGUAUAUGAGCAACAUCUACAAGGAAGAAAUUGCAAGUAUAGAGAAGAAGCAUGGAGUUAAAAUGGAGGCACAGGCCACUGUGACGUUUUCCUCUGACCAGGAAGAUGACCGACAAAAAGCCCUUACAGAGUUCACAAACCUUGUUCAGACGCGCUUAUCUGAAGUCAGUAGCUCAGUUAUCCCAACCAAGUUUGUCGACUCAGAUCAGUGGAGUAGGGCACUGAAAAUAAGUCAGAAAAAUGAGAACAAGCUCAUGCUUACUAUGUUUUCAGAAGAAAUUACCGUAUUUGGACCAAGCCACUGUCAAGAAGCAUUCAGUUCAACCUUAAAUGCAACGCACAAAAAAAAUGACACUUUAGAGGAGGAAGACCCUGAACACCAAGACCCAUCUUUUAAGAUAAAAACGACCUUCAACGACCGUCUAGCUUAUACAGGGUUGACCAUGGAGGAGAGCACCGGGAAGCUGCUGACUACGUCACUGACGAACAUGAGUGAUUAUGAUUAUUCAGAGACCUCCAGAGGACCUGGGCAGGAUACGCGUUCAACACAGCACGCUACAGCACGUUCAGGAGAGGGAGCGACAGCAGGAGACAGUAAAGAUGAAACCUGCCCUAUAUGCAUGGAUCUGUUUACCAAUAAGAAACAACUGAAGUGUAAACAUGAGCUUUGUGAGGAAUGCCUGCAAAAUUUAGAGAAACACAUUGGACCUAUCUGUCCUGUUUGCAAAGAUGUGUUUGGUGUGAUGAAGGGAAACCAGCCGGAGGGAACGAUGACAUGUAAGAGAGAUCCUGCAUCUCUUCCUGGAUUUGACAACCGUGGUACUAUAGUCAUCACGUAUCGGAUUCAAGAUGGAAUACAAACGGAAAAGCAUCCAAAUCCUGGACAGCGGUACACUGGUACUCAGAGAACUGCAUAUCUCCCAGACAACACAGAGGGCAACGAAGUGCUACAACUGUUGAAGAAAGCGUUUGACCAGAAGCUGAUUUUCACAGUUGGGGAAUCCAGAACGACUGGGGUGGAGAACAUGGUGACCUGGAAUGACAUUCACCACAAAACAAGCACGUCUGGUGGACCGUCGAGAUAUCGAUACCCUGACCCGGAUUAUCUCAAAAGGGUCAAGGAGGAACUGAAGGCUAAAGGCAUUAUGUAAAUUUGACAUCAAGAGAAGUCCAAUUUGACAUUUAUGCAAAUAUAUUUACUCAAAAGUUUAUGUUAAAUGACUGUAAGUAAUGAUCAUAAUAAAUACUUCACAUGAUCUCUAAGGGUUGCUAACUAUGCAAGAAAAACUUGAAGGUGGGAGUAAAAGGCCAAAAAAAAAAGCUCCUGUGU